CUCUCUCUCUCUCUGUGUAAGUUUUUCCCGGCGACACCUAUUGUUGUUUUAGAAAAUUAAUCUCCCAAGAUUGUAUCAGCUCUGCCCUUUUCAGCUAGUAAUGGCCAUAAGGCUGCAAUUUGAGAAUUCUUGUGAUAUUGGAGUUUAUUCCAAGCUUACCAAUGCAUUCUGCUUAGUUGGAAUUGGGGGUUCUCAAAACUUCUACAGUACAUUUGAGGAUGAGUUAGCACAUAUUCGAGGCUUUCAAGUGAUUCAAACAACUAUUAACGGAAGCUGGUCGGUUGGAAGACUUUGUGCUGGUAUUCAACAAUUUUUUAAACUAUAUUCUGGAACUCAAGGCCCUUUUUCCCUCUGAUUUUCCUGUGAGAAC